ACUGGACUAAGCUUGAGGUAUUUUGGAAAGAAAAAUGGGAAAAAAAAAAUGUCCGUCUCUUGAUGUGCAAGAAAGGUAGAUUCAAAAAUCAAGUAUCAGUUUUCUUGCCAUUUCACAGUUAUGCACUGCUUUGUGUUGGUCUGUCACCUAAGAAUGCAGUAAAACACAUUGGAGUUUGUGGUUGUAAUGUUACCAACUGCAACAAAGUUUAGGAGUAUAAAUAUAUUAUCUGUUUUGCAGUUGCACAUGGCUGCAGUGUGAAUAAUAUCCACUGAUUUUGAAGUAUACUACUGCACCUCACUACUGGAGCCAAAGUGUUGAUCGUAUUCCUGCUCUAAAUCCAUCACAGCUGUUUGGCCUAGCAGGAAAACAUUGCACCAGUUGUUGCGUGUAACCUUGAGCCCAUCUUGCCGGCGAUAUCUCUAACUGGUGCUCCAGUACCGAGGUUAACACAGACGCUAUAAUCAGAAGUGUCCCUGACUGGCUGGUACGCGGCUCAGUUUCUGGGUCACUCUUCAGCCCUCUGAGAGGGCUUCAUCCACACAAGCAACAGCGGGAGACAGUGAGAGAGGGUGGGAGAGAGAAUGAGAGGGGAAGGUAUUUAUAGAAAAAUGGGGCUUCACAGUACCUUUCCUUGCAAUGAACCAUUUCAGGACCAAGUUACAGUGUCCCAGUUUCAUGCUUGCUGCUCAGCCAGAGGGUUUGGACCGAGGCUGAGGUUGGACAGCCUCACCCAGGAUGGAGAGCCUGACUCUCAGACCUUGUCAGCUCCUCAGCUUCCUACAGCUGCCUUACUGAUUCAGGGCGGAGGGAAGAAUUGGCCCUCACAAUCUACAAAUGUGACCUUUUGGGGGCCAGUUUUUGUGUAGGUUGGUAGAGGAUUCAGGGAGGAGGUGAGACAGGUCAGGUGUAGGAGCAGCACGAGGGUGUCUGAGGGGCACUCUUUGGCUGCAUCGACCCCCUGGCUGGGGGUGCAGAAAGGCUGGCUGGAACGUGCCCUGCCGCAAGCCGGGCAAGGAUGAGACGCUUCCUGAGCAGAAAGGGCCGCUUCUCCUUGCGCCAGAGCAAGUCUGGGACCCAGAGUGCCGCCAAAGAUUUCUACCUUGGUCUCCCUGCCACCAACCAGAACUGGCCAGAGGCCUUUGGCUUCAGGCUUGGAGGCACUGGGCCCAGCUACAUCCUGUCCGUCGUGGAAGGCAGCAGUGCAUUCCUUGCCGGCUUGCAGCCAGGUGACCAGGUGGUGGACAUUGAGGGCCAGGAUGUGACCAACCUCAGCACACCAGCUCUGAUUGCUCUAGCUCAAACCCUCAAGACUGUACCACCCAGCAUUGGCGUUGUUUCACGGAUUGAACAGAUUGACAUCACCCCAGGCCCAGACGGGCGUUUUGGCUUCACCAUCGUGGGGGAUAGCCCUCUGAUGGUGGAGGAAUGCAUGUCUGGUGGUCCAGCUGCAUGCAGUGGCCUCAAAGUCAGUGACUACGUCAUGGAGGUCAACGGCAUCCCGGUGAAGCAUCACGAAACAGCAGCAGCCAUGAUCAAGGCAGCGCAGGUCCGACCCCUCCGACUGGGCGUGCUCAGCAUGGCCCGCCGACCCAAGCGGCUGAGCAGCAGCAUGAGGGUACUGUCACAGAGCGGAGACAGCAUCAGGGAGAGUCGUGCUCACAAGGCAAUGGAAUUCAAUAAAAAGGUUGAGGAGGUUCUUGGAGAAGAGCCUGAUGUGAAGGAACAGCUGUUUGAGGUGCUCAAGCAGUACGCUGCUGACAGGGAUGUGGAGAGUCUGGCUGAAGCCUUGCCUGACAUUUUGAUUACAGAAGAUCAUCAGCAGCUGAUCGACAGUGUCAGGAUCUUCAUUCCCAAAAAGCACCGGGAGCGUUUCGACGAGGUGGUCUCUCAGAGCCUGAUGAGCAGGCUGAAGGGCCGCAGCUUCAGCAACCCCAGCCGCAGCCACCUCCGCCGCAGCCGUAGCGAGGACCACCCCGAGCGUCUCCUCGUCUCCACACGGGCCAGUUCGGUAGCAGGCACCCACGCAGAGGAAGGCGUGGUACCCCCUACCAGAGGCAUGCGCAAGACUACCUCCCUCAUAGCUGGCCAUUCGAGUUGUACCACCACCACCAACUGCAGGACAGUCAGAGUUUGUAAGGGCAACAUGAGUUUUGGCUUCACUCUUAGAGGCCACGCGCCAGUAUGGAUUGAUUCCGUGAUCCCUGGAAGCCCUGCAGACAAGGCAGGUUUAAAACCUGGAGAUCGGAUUCUGUUUCUGAAUGGGCUGGACAUGAGGACCUUUUCUCAUGAAAAAGUUGUGUCCAUGCUCCAAGGAAGCGGAGCCAUGCCCACCCUGGUUGUAGAGGAAGGCCCGCCUACUUUUCCUCUGGCCGAGCAGGACCUUCCCGGGGGUGGCGCUCCCACUGAGCGUGCACGCUCUCCAGUGCUCAGCUCCCUGCAGUGGGUGGCUGACAUCCUGCCUCCCAGCAUCAGGGUCCAGGGGCGUACCUUUGGACAACAGCUGGAACAUCUCCUGACCAUCCAGGAGAAGUAUACCAUCUGCAAGGCUUUGGAGAACUUCUUCCAACACAGGAAUGUUGACACGCUGAUUGUGGAUGUGUUCCCGGUGCUUGAUACUCCGGCCAAACAGGUCAUCUGGCAGUUUGUUUACCAGCUGCUGACCUAUGAAGAACAGGAACACUGCCAGAACAAAAUUUCACGAUUUCUUGGAUAUAAAGCACCAGGCGUCCGUGGAGAGCCAGGACAGGAGACUGGUAUGAGGUUGGCCCCAGGAGAAAGACAGUCAGGAGACGGAACAUCUCUUCCUGAGACUCCCAACAACUUCACCAAUCUGUCAGCUGUGUACGCUGAGCUGGAAAAUAUGUACUCCGCUAAGAGGUCCAAGUCAUUGAAGAGUCGCCCUCCUCCUGCUCCUGAGAGUUUGCUGGACCUGGAACCUUUAUCCUGCACAGGGUCUCCUACAAGGAAUGCUAACACAGGGGCCCACAAAAGCUCCUCGCCCCAUUCCUCAUGGCCAGAUCCUCUUCCCAGUCCACCCUCAGCCGAGUUCUACCCACCCGGCUUGACAAACCAGAACAGUGGGGAGUCUAACCCCUACAUAAGCCUGGACAGCCCCCCUCCCUCACCUCUUGAACAAGACUUUCCGUCCAGUCCACCUGUUUACCGCAGCAACAAACGGCGGUACACCUUCUCCAAACCUCCGCGUUCAGAAGACACAGAUCGCUUUCUGGAUGCGCUGAGCGAGCAGCUGGGACAGAGGGUGGCGAUUGUCGAUGAUUUCCUGAACCCUGACAAUGACUACGAAGAGGAUGUUGUGCAGAUGGGUUUCCCAGAUGAGGACGAUGAAGAUAAUGAAGACAAGCUUGGUGUGGACGAGGAAGAAAAUGGAGGAUUCUUAGCUCCAGAGCUAAGCAGCCCAAGUGAUGUCCAAAGCAGCAGUGGUGAAGAGAAUGCCUCAUCCCUCACAUACUCCUCUUCCUCUGAUCACAUUCCUCCUCCCCCUAUGACACCACCUCCACCCCCACCUGUUCAGUUCAACGACCCACCACCUCCUCCUCCAGCACCCCCACAGAGUCCACCUCAACACCAGCUACAGCAGGAAUCUAAUAGCUACACUCCUGAGCACAUGCCAAGGGCAUACGUGCCAAUCCGUCGGAAAUCUGGCCCCCCUCCACCACCACCUCCACGCAGUAAUCCACCACCAAAACGCCACUCCUUGCAUAAAGUCCUCCCUACAAGAGAAGAUCUACAGGUCCAAGCCACCUUACAGGAGCUUAAAGCUUUCCAGGAGAGACAACAAGCUUACGAGGAGAGGCAAGCAUAUGAGGAGCAAAAAGCCUACGAGGAGCAACAGCGUUAUCAGGAACAACAGGCCUUUAAGGAGAAAAUUUUCAAAGAGAGACAAGCUUAUGAAGAGCAGAAGGCUUACGAGGAGCAAAAAAUGUACGAAGAGCAACAAGCCUACCAAGACAGACAAGCCUAUGAACAGCAACAAGCUUACCAGGAACAAAAAGCACACAAGCAGCAUCAAGGCUACAAAGAACAGAUGGCACUUCAAGAGCUACACGCCUACCAGGAGCAAAAUGCCUAUGAGGAGCGUAGAGUUUACGAGGAACGCCAAGCAUAUCAAGAGAUGCAGCAGAUCUACCAGAGCCACCAGUCUAUGCCUGCUCAACCAACACAACAGAAGGCCCAUUCACCUCUUCCUCUCCAACAACCGCACCAGUCCUUGCCUCCGCUCCCCUCCCAAGAGACCACGCAUCAACAUGCUAACCACCUUCUUUAUAUGAUGCGACAAGUACAGCAGCAGCAACUGGCCCACCAGAGUCACCACCACAGACGCUUGUCUCGUUCAGCGCCUCCACCACAUCAGCCAUCACCCCACCAGCAAGUCCGCCCCAGCCAGCAAGGUCAGUUUGCAGAGGGAAUCUACCAAAGUCAUCAAGGCAUAAGACCCCAACCCCACCAUUCAUCAACGGAGAUACUCCACCAAGGUCCGGUACAUCAUUCCUCCACUGAGAUGCUCCAUCAGCUGCCCCAAUCCCAAGCCCACCACUCAUCAACUGACAUGCUCCUGCAAAUGCAGCAGGUCCAAGCUCACUACUCGUCAUCAGAAAUGCUUCACCAAAUGCACAAAGGCAAGGCCCAUCACUCCUCGACUGAGCUUUUACAGCAAUCUCACCAAAUGCAGCAAAUGCAGCCUCACCACUCCUCAAUCGAACUUCUCCAUCAGGCUUCCCAGAUGCACCGAGGCCAAACCCACCAUUCAUCAAGUGAGCUCCUCCAUAAGAUCUAUCAACCCAAGCCCCAUCACUCAUCUACAGAACUUCUUCAUCAAGCCACUCAAAUGCACCAACCCAAGGCCCAUCACUCCUCCACGGAACUUCUGCAUGAAAUUCAGCAAGAACCUGCCUCUCUCCCGGUCCAGUUUACGCGUGAGAGCCAAUCCCAUCAGAGUCGCAGGAGUGUUAAAGGUCAUCAUCAGACAGAUAUGUCAUUGCGGGAAAGACACAAAGACCAGCAGAUCCAACAAAUGCACCAACCCCAGCCCACCAAACCUUCUCCCCAAAGAACCCCUUCCAUCCAUCAGACUCACCACCAUUCCAGUUCACCUCAGAUCCACCACAUCCACCACAUGACCCCACAGCCGCCUCCUCCCCAGAGCUACCAACAUCAAAUUCAAGUCAUCCAUCCUCCUCAGCAGCCCCACAGGCCCCAGCCGCUUCUUUCCACCUUUCAACCCCUUCAGCCUCACCAGCCCACCCUCUCCACCUUCCAGCCUCUGCCCCAGCUCCACCAGUCACAGCAUCAGGUCCAGUCCGCCACCCAAACCGGUCGUCCACAGUCACAGCCCUCACAUCACCUUCUGCAGUCCCAACAACAGCAUCAAGCCCAGGCUCACAACAAGCAAUCUCACAACCAGAGUCAGCCACAGUCCCUUCCUCACUCCAUAUCUGAUCCCACAGAGCUUCUGGGACCAUCUCCUCCUCCACCCCUCCCACCCCCAUGCUCCCCUCCACCACUGCCAAGACCCAGUCUGUCCCGAAUGAACUCACAUCACAUGAGUGUCAAGAGGCUCCGAUGGGAGCAGGUGGAGAAUUCAGAGGGGACCAUAUGGGGACAGUUGGGAGAAACUUCCGAUUAUGACAAACUGCAUGACAUGGUGAAAUAUUUGGAUCUGGAGCUGUACUUUGGGACACAGAAGAGCUCACUGCCUGCUCCAGAGCCUCUUCCGCACCUGGAAACCUUCAAGAAGAAAGAUGUUAUAGAAAUUCUGUCCCAUAAAAAGGCUUACAAUGCCUCCAUCCUGAUAGCCCACCUGAAGCUUUCUCCUGGGAGCCUGCAUCAGGUCCUGAUGAACAUGGCUGCAGACAGACUGGAGGCAGCCCACAUUAAACAGCUACUGCUGUACGCUCCCGAUGCUGGGGAGGUGAAAAAAUACGAAGAAUACAGAGAGGACCCCAGCAAACUCAGUGAGCCAGACCAGUUCAUGCUGCAGAUGUUGUCUGUACCAGAGUAUAACACCCGUCUGCGGAGCCUCCUCUUCAAGUGUUCACUUCAGGAGAAGACGGAGGAGCUAAGGGGAGCCUUUGACUGUAUCAUCAAGGCCUCAAUGGAGCUGAAAACCAGCAGGAAACUGGCUAAGAUACUAGAGUUUGUGCUGGCGAUGGGAAACUAUUUAAAUAACAGCCAACCUAAAACCAACAAGACAACAGGCUUCAAGAUCAACUUUCUGACAGAGCUAAGCACUACUAAAACUGUUGAUGGGAAGUCGACGUUUCUGCACAUCUUGGUAAAGUCGUUGUGUCAGCACUUUCCGGAAGUGUUGGAUUUUUCCAAAGAUCUUACCAUGGUCCCUCUUGCAGCAAAAGUGAAUAAGAAGACUAUCUCAUCGGAUGUGAAUGACAUCCACACGACCAUCCAGGACAUCCGCUCAGCUUGCCAGAAGAUGCCGGUGACUGCAGAGGAUCGCUUUGCCGUCGUCAUGAGUAACUUCCUGGAAAAUAGUCAUCCAGCGAUCCAGUCCCUGGAAUCGCUCGAGCAGAGAGCCAUGGAAGAAUUCAGCAAAACAGCCUCAUACUUUGGUGAAGACAGCAAAGCCACCACUACAGAGGCUUUCUUUGGUAUAUUUGCAAAGUUUAUGAACAAGUUUGAGAGAGCUCUCAGUGAUCAACAGGCAGUGGAAAUCCCAAACAGCCCCAGAAGUCCUCGAAUGGCCUCCCCGCAGGCCUGCUGCUGCUUACGUGGCUUAUUCCAUCACUGCAAGCUGUGUGUCUGCAGAAUCUGAUAUAAACAGUACUUUUUUGUGCCUGCAAGUCUCUUUUCUGAUCACUACUAACAUGAACUCAAACAGCCAUUCCACUGUUCUG